CCCUGCUUGUUUUUGUUUCCUGUUUCUUCCUGGUGGAUAAUACAAUACCACCGUGAACUCUUUAUAUAUAUAUAUAUCUAUAUUAUAUACCUUUUGCACACAGAUGUAACUAUAAGUCCAGCAGAAUAAAGGCAGCAUGUCAGAGAGGCAGCGCGCGCUGCCAGCAUGGAUGGAGAAGAAGGAGAAAGAGAAAGAGAAAGAGAAGGAGCUGCUGAAGAAGAGCAGAAAGAGGAAAACUGCAAGGUCUGCUUUCUACUGUCUGAACGAGAGAGAGCUGCUGGAGGCUGCAGUCUCUUAUCUUACCAGAGAGGACGAGGCUCUGCUGCGGACGCACCAACAGGUUGAAGACAAGGCAGCUGUGAAAGCGAGGGAGGAACCUGCCACAUCAAAGACAACAGCAAAGCUGGUGACUUUAGAGGAAGAGUCCUCGGACUGCGGUGACGCCCUAGAGUCGACGUAUGUUUCAGAAACAGAUUUGGACAUUACAGAGGUGGAAACAGUGCCGUACACUAAGAGCCCGCAGCAUCAGGUACCUGAGGGUCAGAGGUCAGGACCCAUACGGGAUCACGGCGGUCUCGUGAAUGGUGGACUGGAGGCUGAGGAAAAAGAGGAGCACUCACAGAUGCCAGCAGAGGCAGCGGAGGAGGACGAUGAUGCCUUAAGGCUUGUGCGAGAAAUAUUUUUCACAUGAUUAACUUCAUCAGAAUUCCACUGAAACAUGCGCACUGAGGCUUAAAGUCAAAGUGUUUGCAAUAAAUGGACAUUUUUUUCUCUUAGAGGGGAAUGCCGCUCACAUUUCAAAUUCCCCAAACAGUCCAGUCAGUACUUGUGAAUGCACACAGCUCCUCUAUUCAGCUACAAACUGGACAACUGAUCCUUUAACUGAUGUCACUGGGAUGUAAAAUGUGUCCAUAGACCGACACAUAAUUCAAGUGUAAAUGCCAGUGUUUACUUUUUAAUGACAGCAUCUAAAACCCCAUUUCGGUGGGACAACUCAACAAAGUAUCAUACAGUGUGGCUUCUGGGGCUGCAACUAACAAGUAUUUUCAUUGUCGAUUAAUCCGUUGAUUAGUUUCUCGAUUAAUCGAUUAGUUGUUUGGUCUAUAAAAUGGUGAAAAAUGUAGAUCAGUGUUUCCCAAAGU